UUUUUUUGUUUUCUUGAAUGAAUACCGUUCUAAGGCUCAACAAGAGAUAUAUUCUCUUGCUGAUAACUGGCAUCUUUUUUAUCACAUUCCUUAUAAUCAACCAAAGACAUAGACCAGCUACUCCAGCUCCACCUUUACCUGUUAUAGACUUGCCUUCGUAUUGGCCAACACCUGUAGAACAGGCCGUAUGCAAACCUAAAAUAUACGUCUACAAGGCACCCGACAGCUUCCAAGUGUCCAAGCAUAUUCAAGAUUCAAAAUGCCACGAAUCCAACUACAAUUCAGAAAUCAUUCUCCAUAACCAACUGACUGAUCCAACCAGUCCGUUCUAUAAUCACUACGUUACUGAAAAUCCAGAUGAAGCCGAUUUCUUCUUUAUACCUUUCUUUGGAAGUUGUUAUCUCUAUAACUGCUGGUAUGAGAACAACUGGAAAUGGAACGAACGUUGUGAUGUCGAUAGCAAAUAUGUAGAUCCGAUGAUGGACAUGGUCAUCAAUGACUAUCCAUAUUGGAACCGGUCCAAUGGUAGAAACCACAUCAUGAUCCAUCCGAUGGAUCAGACAUUUACCUAUUAUAAGAGCAACCCUCGCUUUCAACCUGCGAUAUUUCUCAAGACAGUAGGAGACAAAAGAACCAAAUGGAUGCAUAGACACCGUUAUCACCGUGACAUUGUGAUUCCUUCAGCCACUCGAAUGAUCCACCAUCUCCGUGCUGAUCCUCUAGAUUAUCUCACAAACGAAGGCCAUCCAAAAUCAGGCAAAAGAGAUAUCUUUGUUCUCUUUCAAGGUUGUUGUGAUAAUGUUAAGGAAACAGAUGAAUACUCAAAUGGCAUCCGAUAUCUCUUUUUCAACUAUUUUUCCAAAUAUCGAGGAUAUGAGGUCGGUAAUACAUUAGCUGAUGAAGAGUAUUUGCAAAAGCUUGCUCGAGCAAAGUAUGGUCUGAGUCCCAUGGGCUGGACUCUGGAUACCACCCGUAUUUGGGAAUUUAUGGCAUUUGGUGUAGUACCUGUCGUGAUCGCAGAUGGUAUCAUCGAGCCAUUUGAAUUUGACGUUGAUUGGGACUCGUUUAUUGUACGGGUGCGACGAGAUGAAGUACACCGCUUGGAUGAAAUUUUGAGAAACAUUGAUGAUGCAACCUAUGAAUACAAACGAAAGAAACUUUGGGAGUAUGGUCGCCGUGUUGGUCUCGAGAAAGAUGCCUGGCACUUUAUUGUACGAGAGCUGUGCCGUAUGGAAGGCAUCAACAAACCUGUCAAUCUUGGAUUAGGCUAUUAAUAAUAAUAAUAAUAAUAA